AUGAAUAUCGCUGUGAAUCGUAUCAUGAAAGAAUUUAAAGAAAUAGUGACGAAUGAAUCCAAUGGAAUUGAGUUACACAUGCCAGAAGGUGAAUUGACAAGAGAUUCACCGAAUGCAGCAUCAAAUAAAAAAGAAAUUUAUCUAACUGGAUCAGUUCUGGGACCACCUGACACAGCUUACACUGGAGCUCGAUUUAAUGUUGAUAUUAUUGUUGUUGAUACUUAUCCAUUUAAUCCACCUAAAGUUCGAUUUACAACAAAAAUUUGGCAUCCAAAUAUUAGCUCUGUUACCGGUGCGAUUUGUCUUGAUAUUCUUAAAGAUCAAUGGGCUGCUGCAAUGACUAUACGAACAGUAUUACUUAGUUUACAAGCAUUACUUGCAACACCUGAACCCGAUGAUCCACAAGAUGCUGUUGUUGCCAAUCAAUAUAAAAAGGAUAGAAAAUUAUUUGAAAAAACAGCUCGACAUUGGUCAAAUGUUUAUGCCAAUGGACCAACAGCUGAACCUGAAUGUGAUGCAGCUGUAGCAAGUCUUGUUGAAAUGGGUUUUUCAGAGGAAAAAGCUCGUUCAGCAUUAUCGACAUUGAUGUGGAAUACCAGUGAUGCUUUAGAAAGUUUAUGUAAACCUUAA